AUGUUGCUCGACCAUGCAGUUCAGGAGCCACAGUGGACGUGAUAUAAAAGGGCUCGCUGCAUUCAUAGCGGCUCUCCGACGUCUCUGUUCGCCAAGGUUCUCACCUGCUCGCACGUAGUGGUCGCUAUUGUUUUCAGUGCUCCUUCCCUGCUAUGGCGUGUUCGAAGGCAUUCAAUCGUCUCGUGUUCACUGCGACCAUCGCGUUCGCUGCCCUCACUUGCGUGAGCGCGACGCAGGUCAUGCAGCGUCCAGCGGAUUAUAUGGAUCCCCCAAGGGAGUAUACAACAGGGGAUCCUACUCCACAGGUAGUGAAGAAGAGGUCCAACGAUGGUUACGUUCAAGCCGCGUACUUCACGAACUGGGGCAUAUACGGCGCUAACUUCCAGCCGUCGAACAUUACGCCGUCUGAUCUGACGCAUAUAUUAUACGCAUUCGCGGAUGUUUCUCCCGAUACAGGAAACAUCUCGCUUACGGAUACGUAUGCCGAUGAACAGAAACAUUUUACUGGAGACUCAUGGAACCAGCCUGGCAAUAACCUGUAUGGUUGUUUGAAACAGAUGUACCUCUUCAAGUUGGCAAACAGGAACCUGAAGGUCCUCCUCUCUGUCGGUGGAUACACGUACUCGCAGGACGGCCAUUUUUCGUUUGUCACCGACUCCGGUCUCCGCGCGAACUUUGUCACCAGUGCCGUCAGCUUCGUGGAGAACUUCGGCUUCGAUGGUAUCGAUAUCGAUUUCGAGUAUGCGAACACGCCUGCACUCGCGGAGGGAUUCGCUGAUCUUCUGACGGAACUGCGCGCCGGAUUCGAUGCGCUGGCGACGAAGAAGGGCGACACUGUGCCAUACCAGAUCACGGCUGCAUCGCCUGCAGGUUACGAUAAUUACCAAUACUUCAACGUGCCGCAAAUGGAUGCCGCGCUCACAUACUGGAAUCUAAUGGCAUAUGAUUAUGCUGGUUCCUGGCUGAACAUCACGGCCAAUCAAGCCAACCUGUAUGACCAUCAACUCACUAAUGUCUCCACUCACUUGGCACUCGAAUGGUACAUAGCAAAUGGCGCUACUCCCAGCAAAAUCACGAUGGGUAUUCCCUUGUAUGGACGCUCAUUCGAGAAAACGGCUGGCAUCGGCGCUGCGUACAAUGGGGUUGGUCCCGGAACACUGCAGGCAGGCAUCUAUUCCUACAGUGAUCUUCCACUUGCCGGCGCAACGGUGUACGAGAACUACACGGACGUCGCCAGCUAUUCCUAUGAUUCCAGCAGCAUGGAGCUCGUGUCGUAUGACACUCCGAGCAUCGUCACGAAGAAAGCUCAAUAUGUCAUGGAUAACGGGCUAGCCGGAUCGAUGUUCUGGGAAUUGUCCACCGACAAGGUUGGCUCUGAGUCAUUGGUCUACACGGCAUCGCAGGUCUAUGGCACGUUGGAUCAGACAGCGAACCACAUCGACUACUCCGAUAGCGAGUGGACUAAUAUCGCCAACAACAUGGGUGAAUCAACUACUUCUUCUAGCGUUGCUCCAUCUUCAACCGCACCCACGCCGACAUCGUCGGCUGCUUCGUCGGCUGCUCCUACCACGACUGCUUCUAGUCAAUGCAGUGGUGUCGGAGCAUGGAGUGCAACGGCUACAUACACCGGAGGAGAUACCGCAACAUACGAUGGUGACUUGUGGACGGCGAAGUGGUGGACCUCUGGAGACACGCCGGGGGGUUCAGCGGGUGUCUGGACCGAUGAUGGUGCAUGCUGAGGACUCUUAAUACCCGUCUAUAGCUUUACGAAUUUUUUAUGGGGGCCUCAUUUGCGUGGUUGAAGCUUGCGCUCGAGUUGCGCGAGGUGUGCGUGUCAGCGAUUACAAUGUACAACA